GGACGCUCUCUUCCGCAAAACUAUACUUACUUUUCCGUAAAACUCCUAAAAGUGGUUUUGCAUUUUCCAAAGUGUUGAAUAACAAUUUAAACAGUUGUUUCAAACAUCAAUAUCUCUCACUCAUAUCUCCCAUCUCUCCCUCGAAAUCCGAUUAACAGAAUUCAAUAUCAAUUUCGAGAGAGAAAGAUGUCAUUUUUGAAGCAAAUUUUGGGUGAUAUGAAGAAUGAAGUUUCAGGAUUAAUGAUGUAUAGCUGCUGCUGUCCUUCUUUUUCAGGUUUGAAGUUAUUUUUACAGUCAUUGGGUUUAGCACAUUAGUGUGAAGACAAAUUUGAAUGUUACAAGGCACUGAAAUUGGCUCACUUUGAUUUGACAAAAAUGACAGAAAUUUUUGGAUAUACGGCUUGCAGACAGUUAUCCCAGCUGUUUUUGGCUGUGCUCUUUUUUCAUAGUUCUGAAUAUGUUUUAGUUGCUGCUAUUCAUGGGAGAUCAAGUGUUAAUCUUAGUUCACUCUUGAUCAGCAAAGCUUAUGUGUUUGCAAUGAUGUUUGCGUUGCUUGAGUAUGUUGUUGAGAUUGCUUUAUUUCCUGGGUUGAAGGAAUAUUGGUGGGUAAGCAAUUUAGGUCUUGUGAUGGUUAUAAUUGGGGAGAUUACUCGGAAGCUAGCCAUUGUAACAGCUGGACAAGCGUUCACACAUCUGAUUAAGGUUAAUCAUGAGGAGCAACAUAAUUUGAUAACUCAUGGAGUGUAUAGGUUUGUACGUCAUCCAUCAUACACUGGUUUCUUAAUCUGGUCAGUUGGAACUCAGAUAAUGUUAUGUAAUCCUAUAUCGACAAUUGGGUUUGCUAUUGUUGUCUGGCGCUUCUUUUCUCAACGGAUACCAUAUGAAGAGUUUUUCUUGAGGCAGUUUUUUGGGUCGGAGUAUGUGGAAUAUGCUUCGAAAACUCCUUCUGGAGUUCCAUUUGUGAAGUGAAGAUCUUAUGGAGUCUACACACAGAGUUGAACUCAUUUGUUACCCUCAUCUUGUUUCAUGGAGAAAGAUUCAGAAAAGUUCCAGUGAUGCUUUGUUGAAGAAAUUUGGAAUUUAUUUGAAGCUGAAACUGAUCAGCCCCAGUGAGCUUGCAUUUGCCAUUACUACAUUUGGUAGUAAAGAUGACGCUGAUUUCUUGAAGUGGAACCAUUUAAAUUUGCUAAAAUCGAUGGAAUGGAAUACUUUUUCUUUGUUGAUCUUUUUGAUCCUCACCAAGACUGUAAGUCUGUAAUUUUGCAUAUGCCUUAUUUAAUGAUAUAUUUUUAUUCAUGUGCACA